AUGAAACUUGUUAAAUUAAUCCAGCAAAUGGAACAAUUGAAACUUUUUCAAAUUACAUGUAAUGAUUGGCAAAUUCAAGAUAAUACUAAAGAUUAUUCAUUCUAUUAUGGAAUUCAACCAACACAAAUCUCUGUUUCAUCAAUGAAUCAAUCAGCAAUGAAUGAAUUUCACGAAGAACUUAAUUCUCAAACAAAUUUUCGGGAAUAUUUAAAUGAAUUUACAAUAAAUCUUCCUGUUAUAACAAUCAAUAGUAUUAAAUUACAAUUAUCAACAUUAAUUCAACUUACUCAAACAACAAAUCAAUUAACAAGAAAACCUUUUGUAAAUAUAUUAAUUCUCAAUUCUUUCAUUCUUACAUUUUUAUCGCACAUCGCUAAUGAUUUCACAUAA